AUGGGCACCGUCUGCGAACAUCUUUUGUUCAUAUUCAUUGUCUUGUGUGACCUCCGUGUUUUGCCAACGUUUGCUGCACGUGCUUUUGACCACGUGGGCCUUUCAGAGGCUUCCGCGGAGAGGGGGCUUGUUUACGUUGGCAUUUUCUCAGCAGCCGAGAACAAAGCGAGGCGUCAUGCUGUUCGCAAUUCCUGGCUUACACACGCAAGGUUGAGACUUGAUGCGGAUUUCAUCGUGGGUCGAGCAGCGAUUGGAGGCACAGAUGGUUUGAAGGUGCGACAGCAAGGUAUGGUGGCUGGGCAAUAUCAGCUUCUUCUAGAGAAAGAGCUGGCUGACGAGGAGCGCCGUUAUGGUGACAUUCUGCGGAUCCCAAACCUGGAUGUCUACUCAGAGCUGCCAGCUAAAACCCUUGCACUAUUUGCUUACGGAGUCCGGCGGGGCUAUAGCUUCAUUGUCAAGGUUGAUGAUGACCAGUAUUUCUGGCCUCUUCAGGCGUGGUCUUUCUUUCGAGACCGUGAUCCUCAGACACCUUUGUAUGCAGGGAACCACCUGUGGGAGAGCAUGGUCUCCGACAUUCAGCUCGGAGCAGAUGGUCAGUUUACCCCUUACUUUGGGGGUCCCUGCUACGCCCUGUCGCUCGCCUUGGCAUCCAACAUUGCAGAUGAGAAUCUCCCGCGCAGUGCAGCCUACGAGGCAUAUGGAAGCACCUCUGAGGAUGUGGACAUGGGUAAGUGGGUGAACCUCUCGGGCCUGAAGGUGGACUUUGUUACCGUUGAGCUGAGUUCUUACGAGCUGACUCCACAGUCGUCCGCGCUUCCGCCGAGGAGCAGCCUCCUGCACACUCCGGCAGUGUACCGUUGGCCAGACUUUCCUCUGGGAAAUGCGUAUUUCCACUACUGGAAUGCGCGGGCAAUGGCAAUCUUCAAGCAUUCGGCUUUUGAAGCUGUGGAUGCCCCGCAGCAUGGUGCAGAGAUUCUCCUGCACUUGCCACAGAAGGCUCAUCAAGUUCAGCCAUCUGACUUGCAGUCGAAACUUUUCGCGAAGCUUGCAAGAGAUGUCGGAGCUUGCCUCACUUGCGGUUAUCCGGCAGAGAGUGCCCUAGCCCCCUGGCAGCUCAUCAUGGGGACGAUGGCCCUUGAGACGCAGGCCAUUGUGCGAAAGCUGCACCCGCACGCAAGCAGCUUCGCGGCAGAUGCGGUAGUACAUGUUCGCUGCGAUCUUCGCAUCAUCUCCAUGCACACUGACUACGGCCUCUUGAGGCACCGCUUCGUGGCAGAUCGCCUACCGCCCAAUGUGAAUCAUCUUGUCGUUGUGGGUACAUCCGAAGCUUUUGAUGUGAAUAAUAUGUGUGGCAAAAGCACCAGGGAUUUCCAGGAGUACAUCAGGAGGAGGAAUGUGACUGUGGAGCUGCGCUCUCACGGCACAAGCUUGGAGGACUGGCUUUUCUUAGCAUCCGCACCUCUGCUGUUUUGCAGCCCUUCCACAUUUUGUGCAAGUGCAGCAUUUGGCAAUCCAAACCAGGUUUUCUUGCCAGUGAAUGACCACACGAGCAUCAGAAGACCCUCGUUGCCUGUACCAUGCCCUCGCAACCUGCACUGGGCACAGACGGACUUCCUUCCUGGAAAGCUGCUGCAGCAGGUAAACUGGGACAACACACGCCGCUACCUCCGGGCAAGCAAUUGCACCGUGAGCUUCUGUGAUCCUCGUGCAGACUGA